UCUCUUGGAUCUGUAGUCAGUGUGAUGGUAUCAGGAACAAAGUAGCAACAUGUGGUAUUUGACUCUGCUUUCACAUGCACUCAGCGCAGCUUGCAAAUUCAGGGUUGAGAAAGGGAAGGUCUGUCUCAUUACCUCAUGUGCACUUACAAAUGAGGUGGAUGAACUUGCUUUAUCUUUAAGAAGUCGAAAUGCCGGGAAGGGAACAACAUGAAUAUGCGAGUUGUGUUUGUUGGGGGUGGUUUUGGAGAUUGGUUGGUUGUGGUUUUUUUCAAUUUUCCUCCUCGCUCCAGUGCAUUUUGCCUGUGUGCACUCAGAGCAGAAUCAGCAACAUCUCCUCACCCUUUCCAACUCCUCCAGCGCUGUAGCCUGGGUUAAAGGACCGCGUGUAGCUUCCCCGUGCAUCUUCCCACAGCCAUGGGAAAAGCAGCACUGAAAACCUUCCCGUGGGUACCGGAUGCAGCGAAUGCCGUGGGGGCCUGGCUAUAAAAGACACAAAAAUCUUCCUCCUGGGUGUCCUGAUGGGUAUGCAGAGCCUUGGAUGGGCUCAGGUCUGGUCCAUCGCUCCCACCGGCCUGACAGCUCGGACCACGGCGCGGUUCCUGCCGCCUUUCCCGCGGUGUCCAUUCAGCAGAGGCAUGCGGGAAGCCCCUUGGAGCAUCCCCAGCCGCAGCUGCGGGCCUGUGGAAGCCGUGGAGCUGUGGAGGAGGCCCUGUUGGGCCGGCAGCGGCGGCGGGGGGAGGAGCCGGAGCCGUUCCCGCGCUGUCCCCUCACGGAGCCGGCGGGAGGCUGAGGGCAGCGGGGCCCCGCUCCGCGCCCGCCCUGCCCCAGGUUUGCAACAAUGGUAGAGGAAGAUGUAAAUCACUGUGAAGAUUCUGAACCAUCAGUAUGUGGGAGAAAUGGCAUGAUUCCUAUGCAUGAGCAAAGUGAGCAGGGACCAACAGCAGAUGCCAAAGGUACUGAUGGGAAUGUACAAACAGAAGAAACUGCUCUCUUGAACCAUUGCACUCAGCAACCUCCAGAACCAACAGCGGGGUCUUCAAUACCUGCAAGAACAUGGAGGCAAAUAUUUGCUUGUCCUCCUCGGGGUUUAAUGGCCCAAGCAGUGACAAAUGUUGCAUUUGUGGUCCUGGUUUGGGCUGUGGUUUGGUCCAUAACUGGGGCUGAGUGUCUCCCAGGUGGAAAUCUCUUUGGAAUUCUGUUUCUUUAUUUCUUUGCUGUCAUCGGAGGCAAAAUUUUUGGAUUCAUUAAAAUACGAACACUACCCCCUCUCCCUGCUCUUCUGGGGAUGCUACUUGCUGGUUUCCUAAUCCGAAAUACCCCAUUCAUCAGUGACUUUGUCCAGAUAAAUCUACGCUGGUCUGCAGCACUGAGGAAUAUUGCUCUUUCCAUUAUCUUGACCCGAGCAGGACUUGGCCUGGAUCCAAAGGCUCUUAAGAAGCUCAAAGCUGUUUGUUUACGGCUCGCUUUCGGACCGUGCCUCUCAGAAACAGGCACAGCUGCUGUCCUUGCCUACUUGCUCCUGCAUUUGCCAUGGCAAUGGGGAUUUAUAUUAGGUUUUGUUGUAGGUGCAGUCUCCCCUGCUGUGGUGGUUCCAUCCAUGCUGAUUUUACAAGCUGGGGGAUAUGGGGUGGAGAAGGGUGUCCCAACUUUGCUAAUGGCAGCUGGCAGCAUCGAUGACAUUCUGGCUAUCACAGGCUUCAACACUUGCCUUGGGAUGGCUUUCUCCUCCGGUUCUACUCUGUACAAUGUGCUCCGUGGAGUGCUGGAGGUCGCUGUUGGCAUAGCAGCUGGGGGAAUUCUGGGAAUGUUUAUUCGAUACUUCCCAAGCCAUGACCAGGCGUCUUUGGCAUGGAAGAGAUCAUAUUUUGUACUUGGACUGUCCAUGUUUGCUGUUUUUGGCAGCAUCCACUUUGGCUUCCCUGGAUCAGGAGGGCUCUGCACAUUAGUCUUAGCUUUUGUUGCAGGUGUGGGAUGGUCUGAUGAAAAGAGGGAAAUAGAAAAAAUUGUGGCAGUUGCAUGGAAUAUCUUUCAACCUUUUCUUUUUGGUUUAAUUGGAGCAGAAGUAUCUGUUACAUCUCUUAGGCCUGAAACUGUUGGGCUCUGUGUUGCUAUAUUAGGCAUUGCCCUAGUUGUGCGAAUCAUAGCAACGUUCCUGAUGGUGUCUUUUGCUGGGUUUAAUUUCAAGGAGAAGCUGUUUGUCUCACUGGCAUGGAUUCCCAAAGCCACUGUCCAGGCUGCAAUAGGUUCUCUUGCCCUGGAUACAGCAAGACGACAUCAAGAUGAGCAACUGGAAAAGUAUGGAAUGGAUGUACUGACAGUAGCUUUCUUGGCUAUCUUGAUCACUGCUCCAGUUGGAGCCCUGGUUAUCGGCUUGGCAGGGCCCAGACUUUUGCAGAAGGCUCAGACAAAUAGCAAGGAAGAUGAGGAAGGUGCAGAGGUUGGAGAAGAGGCAGAGGCCUGAACCUUCAUAAGACAGAUAACUACAGUAGUCUGGUCCUUCAACCAUGACACUUUUGUUGAGUAAAAAUGGCAUGUCUCUAAUCUUGCUGGAGGAACUUAAAACUAUCAGUUACCCCUGCUAUUUUUAAAGCAGCCCUGGUGGAGUUCUAUAAAAUAUUUUUAUGUGAUGAUGUUGCCUUGAGAUGAAAUAGCUGAACAUACAGUGAAUAGGAUGACCUGGCAGUGAGUCACUGAGAAGUUAGCAGUCAAGAGUUACUUGAAAUGUGUGGGUGGUGAGGCCAGAGAAAGGAUCACAAUUGUUGAGGCAUGGAGUGGAGUCAUGAGGUAGAAUAUAAACAGAAAAAAAUGGAGACUAGUGUGAGUAACUCCUUGAUGGCUGAAACUGGGCUGUGAGAUGACAAGUUCCACAACUCAAAGAAAGCAACUUCCAAGAAAGAGAUUGCUGAGACAUAGUGAAUAAGUCCUGCUAUGGCUUGGUGAUUCCCUCUCCUUCCUCAUUUGUGUUCUAAAACUUGCCUUUUCCUAUUGCUGUUCUUCCUCACAGCUGAGGCACUCCUUUGUGUCUUCAAGGACUAUCAGCUCUGGUCAUAGCAAGGAACAGCAAGUGGUACUUACAUGCUCAAAGAGAGACUUGGGGCCAUCAUAGACUGUGGUAAUAAAGAUGUUGGUGCUGGCAGAAAAAAGCACAGAGCCUGAAAAUGAGAUGAAGGUUGUGGGAUGGCUAUAAGGACUGGGGGAGGGUUGUAUGGGAUUGGGAUGGCUGCUUCUUCACCUCAGCCUUCACACAACAUGAUGUCAAGGGAAAGAUGUAACCCCUGCUGAUCAAAACCCUGCUCUUGCCUUUUAGGUUUGGUACCACUUGACAGAUAUCAGCAAAUCUAUCUGCCUCUGCUACAUUUUAUACAAGUAACUAGCUCAGAGUAAGUUGUUGGUAACUCCAUUCUGAGGCAUGGGGUCAGUAUGGCAUCCCUCAGUAACUGGUUAUUUUGUUAUUUUUAUCAGUUACUUUGUUAUUUUUUGGAAAGGCUAUAAGAUUGUGCCUGUAACUGAGGCUGACAACACCCUCCUGGGAUUUCCACACUACAGUUCACUGAACUCAUUUUACAGGAUACUGUGUAGAAUAUAUUUGAUAAUGUCUAGAUUUUGGCAUUAGUAAGAACUAAUGAUUUCUAUUUUAGCUUUUAAAUUUUUAAUAUGCAAAACAAAAAAUGUACAAAAAUACUUUUAACUGCUUAAAUACUUCUGAUGUUGACACUGUACUAUUUGUCAUAUGCCAUACAGAUGAGCUGUAUACAGCUCAAUAUGCAUGCCUUUGUAUAAGCCUUACUCUCUAAGCAAAAAGAAAGCUUCCUGAGAUAUGCUUAAAUUUCACAGCCUGCAGUUCCAGCACAAUGAUAAAAAUACCAGGAAAUUCUUUGGUAAAUUUUCUCUUAACAGUUGUCAAGUACAUUAUAUUUUUGUAACUUUGCACACUGCUGUUCUCUCUGCAUCCUUGGGAAUGUACCAUCAGUUUGUCUCCUAACCUGAAAGGGAGAAGCUUUCACCUGCUGGGUUUGAAGCUGGAGCAGUGGUUAAGGGUGGUGUGCUUGGUUGUUAUUGUGACAUACCUGGACUUCUGUGCCUGUUCUGCCUACUUCACAUGCACUCCUGGUGUCCCCCUGGCCCAGUAUUUUUACUGACGAUCUGGAUGAGGGAAUUGUCUACCCUCAGUAAAUCCACAGGUGACACCAAGCUGGGUGGCAGUGUUGAUCUGCUGGAGGGCACAAGUCUCUGCAGGGGAUUUGGACAGGCUGGGUCAAUGGGCUGAGACAAUGGAAUGAGGUUGAACAAGGCCAUGUGCUGAGUCCUGCCCUUGGGUCACAGCAGCCCCAGGCAGUGCCACAGGCAGGGGACAGAG